UGCUCACUGACCUCCACCUUUCGUCAAAGGGAAACAGAAAAAGAGUGAAGAGAAGCUGAAUCAUCACUGUCAUGGAUGGACAACUUGUUUUGUUCAUGCUCUUAUCAGGUCUGUGUUUCCUGCCAGCUUGUUUCCCACACAAAUACUUCUUGAUUGAAAAAGCGAAGACAUGGUCUGAAGCCCUGGACUACUGCAGGGAGAGAUACUCGGACCUGGCCGUGGUGCAGAAUGCAGAAGAGAUGGAGCAGGUGGUGGAGGUUUCCCAGAAGUAUUUUCAGAGACGGGUGUGGAUCGGACCACGGCAUGAGCCGUCCAACUGGACGUGGUCAGGUGGUCGUGUUGGAGCAGAGUUCGAGAUGUGGGCUGAGGAUGAACCUAAUGACCACACAGAGGGAAAAGACAAUUGUGUCAUUGCAAGGGAUGGCUUCUGGCAUGACGUCCCAUGUAGUGAUGAAGAACACUUCGCUUGCAAAAGUGUUGAAUCAGACAGUGAACGAUCUCGGACUGACAAAAACAGUGAAGCUGACCUGGACGAAGCAGCUUGAUGGGAAGAUCUUCCACUAAGAUGAAGAAGAGGUGGAGAAGUCCAAGGAGAACACCUGCACAGUAACAUGAGUUUAAAGAACAUCAUGAUCAUUUCUCUUCUGCAUGUGAUCAUUGUAAUUCUGUCUGACAUGUGUCAGUUGUUCAGACUCUGUGUGUACUCACAGAUAAUGAUGAGGAUCCAGCGAGGACACUAUUCACUUUGAAGUCAUAUUUGUGAGUAAAUCAGCCUCCGUUCACUUGAUUGUUAAAAUGAAUCCAUGUCUGAUUCAGAGAUCAUAAAGAUGUUGUAUGUUGGCUAUUUUUCCAUUCCUUGUAAAGGUGUACAAGUUUAGUUUAGUUUAGUUUAUUUAGCACAUACAAUGAAAUAUAUCACAU